AUGCCUCUUUUCAAAAGGAGGGAUACGGCGGGUCCCGCAGCGAAUUCGCCGAUUCGCGAGAAGUACGAUUUUCGAGAUGUGUUGGGCACUGGAGCGUUUUCCAAGGUUGGUCAGAAAUGUGUGUUAUGACGUGGCAAAACUUCUAGUUUUUGAAAUUGAAGACGUUUCAGCUUUGUUCAAUCUGAAAAUCUGAAAUUUUCUACAGGAUUUUCAGAUUAAAAAUUGGGCCAUUAGGAAUUAUGAGACAGGGCGUCUAGACAAAAUUGAUCUUCUGAUGUAACAAAAAUUUGUUAAUUUGGAUUUCCGGGCACAUUUUUGCCACGUCAUAGCUCUUCUGAGGUUUGAUUUUCUGCCAAAAAUUUUCAGAAUUCUGAAAAUCGCUAGUUUGCAAUAAAAUGUUUCCCAAUCAAAUCCAGAAUUCCAAAAAUUGUUCCAAAUUUCCCACGUCUUAGCUGUAAGGCAUCUAGGAGUUCUAAAAAAAAUUCAAGAUCAGAACGCGCCCUUUUGCCACGUCAUAACCUCACAUUUAUUUCAAGCCCCCAAAUGUCUUAAAAAUAUCUUAUGACGAAACAAAGUCAGCUGCUACUUUUUCUAGCUAAAAAUGGAGAAAAAAUCAAUGUUGCCAUGGGGUUUUUUUUUCUAUUCACGCUAAAAUGAAUAAUGAAAGUUAGUUAGUUCAAGUCGAGAUGAUGAUUCACUAUUUUUAAUCUUCCAACAAAAUCCCAAAGGAUUAUCAUCCAAAUAUCCAUUUCGUCUAAUUAGAAAUGGAUGUUCCUUUAACACCUGGGUCUCAUCACGAUCUAAAAUUUUUUGCAGGUCUUCUUGGCCGAAUCAAAAUGUGAGCCCGGUCAUAUGUUUGCCGUCAAAUGUAUCGACAAAAAAGCACUUAAAGGCAAAGAGGAAUCGCUCGAAAAUGAAAUUAAAGUGUUGAGAAAGUGAGUGCGGGCCUUCUUGUCUUGUUUUACACCCCAAAAGGAUAUCGGGUGAAGUGGCGGGUGAUUGUUGAGAUUUAAAUGCGGAUUCUAGAAGGCUUUUUGAGAUCCUAGAAUCUUAGGGAACCUCAGAGACUUUAGGAAAGCCUUAGGUAAUCUUUGAGAACUUUAGGGAUCACACAGUAAUCAGCCAAGUUUAAAGGAACAUGCUGAAAAAUGUCUGCAUAUCUAACUUGUUCAGGUUUUUUAUUCAAUUUUUUCCGUCUCGAGUUAGAUCUGCAGGUUAUUCUACCGUACUCAGCAAACUUUAAACUGUAGAGCUUGGCCUAAAAAUGUUGAUCUACAUUUUUUAAAUCUUGAACAUUUUAUAGAAGCUACAGUAUCCCAGGAUUACUGUAGAUUUUGGCACAAAGAUUUUGAUCUACAAAAUUUUGGAAACUGAAUUCUAUCACUUUUUGAAGAAGCUACAGUAUUCCAGGGUUACUGUAAUCAGAAUUUUGAUUAAAGUUCGUCUCCCUCUAAAAAUUCUAGCCAUUCUAGCUUUUGUCACGUGUUCUUGUUUCGUGUGUAGUUUGCUCUUCUGAUUAUCGAAUGUUUCCGCGAAUCUUCCAGAUUUUCCAGACUUCGUCAUAACAACAUUGUACAGCUGUAUGACACAUACGAUGAGAAACAAUUUGUAUAUCUAGUCAUGGAAUUAGUCACCGGUGGAGAGUUGUUUGAUCGAAUUGUAGCGAAAGGAUCGUAUACAGAGAAGGAUGCGUCGCAUUUGAUUAGACAGGUGAGCUGAGGGAACAAGCUUUGAGAGUUGACUUUUAGAAAGAGGAAGGAAGUGCAGAUUAAUGAAGCAAGAAUAUUUGAUGAGAUCAAACACCGAGAGAUUUAAAAUUCUGAAAAAUGUAGGAGAUCUCAUAUGUUUUAAAGAUGGAUAGAGAAUUUUUAAAGAGAAAAGGGUUUACUGGGAACAAGGCUGAAGAAUAACCAGGAACUCCAGAAUUUCAGGUUUUGGAAGCUGUUGCUUUUAUGCAUGACAAUGGUGUGGUUCAUCGAGAUUUGAAGCCGGAAAAUCUUCUCUACUACAAUCAAGAUGAAGAAUCAAAAAUAAUGAUUUCGGACUUUGGCUUAUCAAAAACCGAAGAUUCGGGAGUUAUGGCAACUGCUUGCGGAACACCUGGAUAUGUUGCACCUGAAGUCCUUCAACAACGACCUUAUGGAAAAGCGGUGGAUGUUUGGUCAAUCGGAGUGAUCGCCUAUAUUUUACUAUGCGGUUAUCCACCAUUCUACGAUGAAAGUGAUGCGAAUCUCUUCGCUCAGAUUAUCAAAGGAGAAUAUGAGUUUGAUGCACCGUAUUGGGAUCAGAUCUCCGAUUCGGCGAAAGAUUUCAUUUCGCAUUUGAUGUGUUGUGAUCCGGAUAUGAGAUAUACUUGCCAGCAGGCUUUGGCACAUCCGUGGAUUAGUGGUGGAACUGCUUAUACACACGAUAUUCAUGGAACUGUUGCGGUGCAUUUGAAGAAGAGUUUGGCGAAGAGGAAUUGGAAGAAGGUGGGGCUUUGAACUUUCUAGGUUUCAAAAUAUGUAUGGUGAAAUCCAAUUGAAUUGCCACGUCAUAACUCAAAUUCAGAAGGUUCUGGAUUUUUUUCAAAUCCCUGAUUUCUUGUUGUUGAAAUUCCAUUUUUGAAAGCCUUUGCCACGUCAUAAGUAGAUUCGGUUUAUGACGUGGAUUUUAAAUUUUCACACCCGCGACUUCGUCAUUUUGUUUUGUUUAUUUGUGUCUAUCACACGAAUUUUAUUUAUAUACAUUUUUUUUGCUAUAAUUAGAUUUUCUCGGGGUUUCAGUCAAGUGGGAAUUUUGUUCUUUAUUUUUUUGAGGAAAAAAUGUGACAGGGAUUUAGUUUUGAUCUCUGGUAAAGUAGAUUUUUUUGAUUGUCCUCAAUUUUUUUGGCACCACAAAAAGGAACCCUAUUUCAUCCCGUGGAAUUUGGGCCCAAAAAUUCAAUGUUUGAUUUUUUCACUGAAAGAACAUUUAAUUCAAAUUUGGCGCCAUUUGAUGCCACGUGGCAUUUGAGCGCGAAAAAUUAAUUUUUGAAUUUUCCAGGCCUACAACGCUGCUGCAGCCAUCCGCCAACUCCAAAUGCUCCGCCUCUCGUCAAAUUCAAAUCGAAUCAAAGCUCAACAACAACCAGCAUUCCCUGUGUGA